AUGGAGCACAAAGAGACUGCGCCGUCACAAGGUUCAUUCGCUGCAGGUGCUGGAAUAAUCGGCGACACCGACUCGAAACAGGGCUCGACGAUGACGCUGCAGCGGCUGGCAGCGCUCAGAUCGCUGAUGGCGACCCAGCCUACAGCGCUUGCUGCUUACAUCAUACCGACGGCAGACGCGCACAAUUCGGAGUACAUUGCGCAGGCGGACGCGCGCCGCGAGUGGAUCACCGGGUUCACGGGCUCCGCCGGCACCGCCGUGGUGACCGCAGCCCACGCCCUGGUCUGGACCGACGGGCGGUACUACACCCAGUUCGAGAAGGAGGCGGACACCGCUCUGUGGACCCUGAUGAGACAGUCGCUUCCUGACACACCGACCAUGGAAAAAUGGCUGACCGCGAAUCUCGACGCUGGCUCAGUGGUCGGGGCAGACCCUCACACGAUGAGCAGAGAGGAGUGGACUCCACUGCAGAACGCCUUGAAGAAGGCCAAGAUGGACCUCAUAGCCGUGUCGAACAACCUCGUGGACCAAGCGAGGGUCCAGAUGAAGGACCCGCCCCCACCCAGGCCCCACAACGAAAUUAUGCCGCUGCCUGUAAAGUAUACGGGUAAAGCUGCCGGAAAGAAGAUAGAAGAGCUUAGAGAGAAGAUGAAAGAGAAGAAAGCAUCCGCCCUAGUCAUCACCGCUCUGGAUGAAGUAGCAUACACUCUGAACUUACGCGGCUCCGACAUCCAGUACAACCCGGUGUUCUUCUCUUACCUGGUGCUGACCCAGGGUGGUGUCAAGCUGUUCUGGGGCGACGGCAAAUUGUCCAAGGAGGUGGUGGAGCACCUGGCCUCCGAGGGGGCGAAGGUCGAGGGCUGUCCGUACGGGGGCAUAGUGGACCAUCUGCACUCAAUGGCGAAAGAGCUCUCGGAGUGCGGCGACGGUGACCACUCGAUCUGGCUCACCAGCGACGGCAGCGAGGCAGUUCACCGUGCGGCGGCCGGGGAGGGUGUGCUGAAGAAGCCGCUGGACCUAAUAUCGGAGGUGUCGCCUGUGGCAUUGGCGAAGCUGAUCAAGAACGAAGUGGAACUGCAGGGCUUCCGAGAUUGUCACGUGCGUGAUGGCAUAGCUGUGGUGAGGUUCUUCCGAUGGCUACACUCGGAGAUCGACGGUGGCGCCACCGUCACGGAAAUCCAGGCGGCCGACCGACUGCUAGAGUUCCGCAAGGAGGAGGUGGACUUUCUUGGGCCGUCUUUCGAGACUAUUGCCGGUGCCGGAGAGAACGGUGCGAUAAUACACUACAGCCCCUCCAGAACGGGGGAGCAGAGAGUGAUCAAGAAGGACGACAUGUUUCUUCUCGACUCCGGUGGGCAGUACAGGGACGGCACCACGGACAUCACGCGGACCCGCCACAUGAGCGGGAAUCCCACUGCGGAGCAGAAAGAAGCCUUCACCAGGGUGCUGAAGGGGCAGAUGGGCAUCGGCGGCGCACUGUUCCCGCAGGGGGUCAAGGGCAACGUGCUGGACAGCCUGGCGCGCCUCCACCUGUGGCGGGUGGGGCUGGACUACGCGCACGGCACCGGCCACGGCGUGGGCCACUGCCUCAACGUGCACGAGGGCCCCUCGGGGGUCUCGUGGCGGCCCUACGCCCACGACCCGGGCCUGCGCCCCCGCCAGCUGCUCAGCAACGAGCCCGGCUUCUACAAGGUGGGGGAGUACGGCAUCAGGCACGAGGACCUGGUGGAGACUGUUGCCAUCACCAAGGAAUCGGAGCAUCCCAGGGCUUCGGGGCUCGUGGGAGACUUCGACGGGAGGGGGGUGCUCGGCUUCAGCACCCUGACCCUGGUUCCCAACCAGUGGGAGUGCAUCGACGUCACUAUGUUGGACGACUUUGAAAUAGCCUACAUAGAGUCUUACAACGCGAGGGUGCUGGAGACCCUGGGCCCGGUGCUAGAGGAGCGCGGUCUGGCCGAAGACCUGGCCUGGCUCCGUGUACAGUGCAGGCGGCGGCCG